AGUCCCUAUGAGCAGUCUUGAGACACACCAAUCACCUAUGCAAUCACUUCAAACCAAUCAGGAUUUGAAUACAGCCACAGACUUUAUGAACUCACAGAUCUUAAGUAACAGCUCAUUAGACCAGUCGAGCAAUACCUCAUUAUUUGAUAAUGUACAGGUGAAUGACUUAACCCAAUUCCAAGGGCCUUACCCUGUGCAGAUUACAGAGGCUUUGUGCAACACCUCAAAAUAUGAGUUCACAGCGUCACUUGUGGAGCAAUUUCGCCAGGACGAGGCGCAUUUAGACCAGUUAGCCAAAAGACAGACAGAAAAUACUGUUCAGAAUGUGUCUCAGUUGCUUACGCAGCAACAAAAUGUUCAAUUAUUGAAUCCAAUUGCAGAGCAACAGCUUACGCUUUCAGGUCAACAGACAAUUCAGAACGUCCACCCUUCGGGUACUUUUGUCAGUGUGACGCAACCGAUGUUCACUGCACCACAAGAAAAUGCACAGAAUCACCAAGGAACUAUUCUAACGAACAGCGCUGUUCAGAUAUUACAGCAAGCUGCCAAUCAAGUGAGCCAGGCCGCGGAACAGAAGCCUGUGAUCACGCAAUUCUUGAAAGCCCCCAUCUUGCAGCCCCAACAGGCCGCGCAACCAGUGCAAUUUACUCAACCGACAGCGUCAAUUAUGUUGCCGACCGUCUCGACACAUCAGGUGCUCGUACCGCUGUCAGUCUCACAGUCGGUGCGGCGUAAGGAUGUUUUUGCAGUGCCAAAGAGUAAACCUCCUGCAAGACGAAUAGCCCCAGCUCCACCACCACCUACUACUAGUAGUGUUGGUAAAGUCAGUACUACAGCGCUCCUUUCACACCUCCUUACCAAGGACAAGAAAUCAACCAGCUUUGCAAUAGCACCACAGCCUCCAAGUGGUAUUGGGAACACGGCAACAGCAGUUUUGGUGCCCACUUCAAUCUUGAAGACUGAAUUUUCUACCAAUCCUACAUGUGUAAUAUCAAAUACUGGUACUACACCGACUAUAUACACUAUUUCAUCAUCAACUAUGCUGACAUCAGCUGCAGCAGCCACAACACUUACACCGACUAACAGUAAGUUUAAUUAG